AUGUCCAGCCUGCUCCCCAACGAGGAACGCUUGAGGGCGAGAAAGCCUCUUCCGACACCAUAUCCAGCAUAUCUACCCACUGCGGAGUCACCCCUUACGGUCAACAAUGACUUGUACACCUCUAUCCAGCAAGGCCAAAGAGAGCUCGUCGACUCUUUCGUCCUGCCUAUCCGUUCGGGCCGUGCCUGGAAAGCUCCUGCGAAGAGCAUUAUAAGGAUCAGUACACCAGAGGGACCUCAAGUUGGCGAUCUGAAUAUUUGGAACGCAAACAACCCUCGUGAGCGGUUCUGGGCCUCUCGAACAAAACAGCUCCACUCGUCCCAUGUCACGACCUACGAUAGGCUAUGGUCCUGCCUACCGUAUAUGCGACCGCUAGUCACUAUCAUCGCUGAUUCGCUUUCUUGGUAUGGAGUCGACGAGACAGGUGGGAGAGUUCAUGACCUCCUUGGAACCAGAUGCGACCCGUAUAUCAAUACGGUGCUUUCCGGGCCAGCAGCAUCGUACGACUAUCACUGUCAUUCCAACCUCACCAGAGCCGUACUACCCUUUGGUCUCAACGAGUCUGACGUGCAUGAUGUGAUCAACCUGUUCCAGGUCACCGGCUUGGACUCUAAGGGCAGGUACUUCAUGAAUCCAAGCCCUGCACAACCCGGUGACCAUAUCGAAUUUUUUGCCGAACAGGAUCUCUUGAUGGCGCUGUCGACAUGCCCAGGUGGAGACCUGUCCUUGUGGGGGUUUGGAAGUGAUAGUGAGAAGGAGAUGAUCAAAUGCUGUAGGCCUCUGAAAGUAGAGGUAUUCAAGCUGGUGGAUGAAGAUAAGGCGCUAGGAGGGAAGUGGAAGCCGGCGGAGCGGCCUGACUACCGUGGCGUCCAUGGCAUGGUUGUUCCUGAAGGAGAAAAGAGGCAAUAG